AUGGGUGCCCUUGACAGACUCCAGCAGAUUGGCGGCCAGCUCUCCGGCGCGCUGUCUUCCGGCGGUCGCGCAAAGAUUCUCGAGAAGAACCCCGACGAUAUCGUUGUCACCGCCUGCCUCAGGACAGCGUUCACCAAGGGUGGAAAGGGUGGUUUCAAGGACACACAUGCGGCAGACCUCAUGGCCGGUGCCCUCAAGGGCAUCAUCGGCCGAUCCAAGAUAGACCCCGCCUUGGUCGAGGAUAUCUGUGUUGGCACAGUCCUGGCUCCCGGCGGUGGCGCCACCGAGAUGCGCGCCGCUGCCCUGGUGGCCGGCUUCCCCGAGAGCGCCUCAGUCCGGACCCUGAACCGCCAGUGCUCGUCUGGUCUGCAGGCCUGCGUUGACGUUGCCAACCAGAUCAGGUCUGGCAUGAUUGAGAUUGGUAUCGGCGCUGGCGUCGAGUCGAUGAGCACAAACUACGGCCCCGCCGCCGUGGCCGAGUUCUCGGACCUACUCGAGUCCCACCCAGAAGCCGCAAACUGCAAGGUGCCCAUGGGUGUUCUAUCGGAGAACAUGGCCCGUGACCGCAACGUGCCGCGCGCUGCUCAGGACGCCUUCGCCGCCAACUCAUACAAGAAGGCCGAGGCCGCCCAGAAGCAGGGUCUCUUUAAGGAGGAGAUCGAGCCGCUGCGCGUCAAGUUCGAGGAUCCCAAGACUGGCGAGACCCGCGAGAUCGUUGUCGACGGCGACGACGGUGUCCGCCCUGGCAUCACUGCCGAGUCACUUGCCAAGAUCAAGCCCGCCUUUGCCGAGGGUGGUAGCAUCCACGCCGGUAACGCCUCGCAGAUCUCUGACGGUGCCGCCGCCGUCCUGCUCAUGAAGCGCUCCACCGCCGAGAGGCUCGGCCAGCAGAUCCUGGGCAAGUACGUCCAGGCCUCCAUCGUCGGUGUCAAGCCGCUGCUCAUGGGUAUCGGUCCCUGGAAGGCCAUUCCCAAGCUCUUUGAGCUCACUGGCGUCACCAAGGAGGACGUCGACAUCUUUGAGAUCAACGAGGCCUUUGCCAGCCAGUGCCUGUGGUGUGCCGACGAGCUCAAGAUCCCUCACGAGAAGAUUAACCCCAAGGGAGGUGCCAUCGCCUUUGGUCACCCCCUGGGUUGUACCGGUGCCAGGCAGGUCUCGACUCUGCUCUACGAGCUGAGGAGGACGGGCCAGAAGGUCGGCGUUACCAGCAUGUGUGUCGGUACCGGCAUGGGUAUGGCUGCCCUCUGGGUUGCAGAGUAG